AUGGAGGAUCCAGCGCCUACCAAUGAAAUUCAAGAAUAUAUCACCUUUUUUUAUCGGUGCCGUCUGAAUGACGUAGAGAUUGCAAAGGAGAUGAAGGAUCAUUACAACCAGGAUAAGUAUGGCCUGAGUGUCACCUCUGUGAAGUGUGUCCAAAAAUCUUUGGGGCUGUUGAGUAUGAGGCAGCAAAAGCAUAAUGUGGAUUCCAUCCAGAGGCAGAUUGAAGAGACUUGUGCACGCUUCCCUACCCGUGGAAUUGAGAACAUCUGA